ACCAUGUUGCUAUCAAAUUCCACAAAAUUCCACCCAGCUUCCUUCAUUCUACUGGGAAUCCCAGGCCUUGAGGCUAAUCACCUCUGGCUUUCAUUUCCCUUCAUUAUGAUGUACACCACUGCUGUGGGUGGCAAUAUCCUCCUUCUUUGGGUCAUCAUCUCAGAGCGGAGCCUCCAUGAACCCAUGUACAUCCUCCUCUCUCUUCUUGCCAUCACAGACCUCAUCCUCUCUACCACCACUGUGCCCAAGGCCUUGGCCAUCUUCUGGGUCCAUGCUCAUGAUAUCCCAUUCCCUGCCUGCCUCAGCCAGGUCUUCUUCAUCCACUUUGUCUCUGCCUUGGAGUCAGCCACAUUGCUUUCUAUGGCCUUUGAUCGCUAUGUGGCCAUUUGUGACCCUCUGCGCUAUACAUCUAUCCUCACUUACAAAGUCCUGGGAAAGAUGGGACUGGCGGGUUUUGCUCGAGCUUUCUCCAUUGUUGCAGCCCUUGUCUUUCUCCUCCACCGGUUGCCCUACUGUGGUCAUCGUACAAUCCCCCACACAUACUGUGAACACAUGGGUGUGGCCAGACUGGCUUGUGGGGACAUUCGUGUCAACAUCAUCUUCGGUCUCUGUGGAGCCCUUUUAACACUGGGCGUGGAUGCAGUUCUCAUUGUUGUUUCCUACAUUCUCAUCCUCCGUGCUGUCUUUCGCCUGCCAUCCCAAGGGGCACGCCAUAAAGCUCUGGGCACCUGUGGUUCCCAUGUCUGUGUGAUCCUCAUGUUUUAUACACCUGCCUUUUUCUCCUUCCUCACCCACCGCUUUGGCCGGGGUACCAUCCCCCGCCAUAUUCACAUCCUUCUGGCCAAUCUUUAUGUAGUGAUACCACCCAUGCUCAAUCCCAUUGUUUAUGCAGUCAGGAUGAAGCAAAUCCGGGACAAAGUUAUUCAGAGUUUCAGUUGGAUGGGGAAAGGAGGUCACUGAGGAGGGUGGUGGUUAGUGUUAGAAAGGAAAUCUUAUCAUAUGAACAAAAAAACAAAUAAAGUCUCUUCAGUUCUCAAUCACUGGAUUCCAGGAUCCAAAAAUUGAAAGCUAGAGGUUUUCUACUUUACCUCUAAAGAGCUCUUUUAUUUCUAGGACAAUGGAAUUGGACACUCAGUACUCUUCUUUUACAGAUAGGGAAAUUCCAGAGAAGGGAAAUGAUUUCCAAAUCACUCUGUAAAGUGCAUAGCCUGGAUAUAAACGAAGGUUUUAUACUUCCAACUUCUAAUGUGGUUGAUAUUUCUAGUUUCAGAACAUAUUGUUUAAAUAAAUCUGGUUCAAAAUUCUGCUUUGGGAAGGGGAAAGGAUUUCUUUAAAACAGACAUUCU